AUGCUGACCCAUGCUGGCAGGGAUGCGAGGCAUCUGCCGCUUCUACGCUUAGGUUGUGGCUUUGCAGGACUUCCUCCCGAAGCUGUCCUCGUCACUCGGCAUGAGGACUUACAUGGACUUAAUCAGCACAAGAUCCAGACUGGGCACUUGCUGGUGGCGCUGAACGGCGUAGAGACAAAGGAUCUGACUCCUGAGACUUUCAGGCCCGGGUAUGUUACUUUUCCUUUCAAGUUUAGGACGGUGUGCCUGGUUUGCGAGGAGAAGGCCAAGGCCGUGGAAAAAGUCGAGACGCAGGUGAAGGCGGCGACCGCCAUCCAAGCCCUGGUGGUCGCGCUGCUCGCAAAGGCACCGGCCUGGAGGCCCGCUGGAUUGCGCAUGGGCGGAGUUUUAGCUUUUCAAUCCCGUGACCUUGUGUUCCAUGGCGACAGGUUCGAGGUCACGCUGGCAGAUGCCGAACUGGGCUACUCGCUCGGGAUGCUGACCCAUUCUGGCAGGGAUGCGAGGCAUCUGCCGCUUCUACGCUUAGGUUGUGGCUUUGCAGGACUUCCGCCCGAACCUCUUCUCCUUUGCAGCCACGCACGGUACCGAGAAGGGGGAAGGCUGCUCAGCUAUGAACUGGUGGACGUGCCAAGGCACAAGAUCGAGACUGGGCACUUGCUGGUGGCGCUGAACGGCGUAGAGACAAAGGAUCUUGAGACUUUCAGGCCCGGGUAUGUUACUUUUCCUUUCAAGUUUAGGACGGUGUGCCUGGUUUGCGAGGAGAAGGCCAAGGCCGUGGAAAAAGUCGAGACGCAGGCUUUCAUCAUGUCGUCCUAUCUCAUGAUCUGUGUGGAUGCGGGGGGCAGCGAGCAUCCGAGCAAGGUGGUCGUGCUGCUCGCAAAGGCACUGGCCUGGAGGCACACUGGAUUGCUCACGGACGAAGUUUUGUCGUUAUUCUGA